AUGUUGCUCUCACUAUUGUCAGCCUGGCUUGCUGGAUGGCAUCUCAACAGCCCGUCUCAUGAGUGCGGACUGACGAUGGCUCUCUGCAACGCAUACUAUCACUGUGAUGCUGUUGAAAAGGAGCCAUAUUUGACUUCUGUAGGCUCCAGCUUUGCAGGCGUCGCAAGACGUAGACUCAUGGCCUGCUACUCUGUACGACCUGGAAGCCACGGAGUGGGCAAGCACUCUUAUCGGCGAGUCUGA